GGAAGGACAAACCACACAAGGAUGCUUGAUUGACUGAAUUUCACUUCGUAUGAUUAAGAUUGAAGGGCAGGGACUUCCCAUGCAGUUACCAGAGAAGGGGGAAGGAGCCAAGGGGAGCACAAGUCCUCUGCCCAGAAGGAGAGAGGGGAAUUACAAAGUUUUCCGCUCAUCUGCCUACCAGGAAGAUAGAAAGAAGAAGAGGAAUGGUGCUUUACUCCCAAGGAAGAGAAAGAAGAGCCUUCUCUUUCUCUGUCUAAGAGAAAGGAGAGUAAAGAGAGAAAGAGAAAGGGUGUUUAGAAAAUCUGGAUCAUUUAUGCCCUUCCCACUACUUCUAGUAUGGUUAGAUCAUAUGGUGCUAGAGGCAGUACGUAUGAAUUAUCAUCACCACCACCAUGACCUCUAUGGAUAUGAUCUAGGACGAAGAUCUUUGAGAGAAGCAGGAACCCUUUGGGCCGCUGACCCUGCUCCCAGCCUGACCUCUGCCUACAUUGUCCCGCAGAGGAUAUCUAUGGAUAUCUGUCAGGUAACUGUCUCUGCUGGUGCUUCAUCCCCUGCCACUUCAGCUGCUGAAGACCUGGAAAAGAAAGUUCUCACCACCAAAGAACAAGGAGGUUCAAUAUCAGAAAUAGAUAUGAUCUUAUCAAUCAAAGAAACAGUAAAGAACACCCUGUCCUUUGUACCUGACUGCUACGGAGAAAGAGGGCUUCUUUCUCCUCCUCCUCUUUCUCCUCCUCCUCUCAUGUUUGGGGAAGGCAUGAGGCUGCAGGCUUACUAA